GAGUUGUGAUAUUCUUUUUUGUUUUCUUUUUCUGCGAGAUAAAGUGAUUGUUUUUUCACGUGAUUACUUAUGAUAUUUAUAUAAUAGGAGAUACCUUAAAAGAUUUUAUUGUGAACUUUAUAACGUCUUUGAUAACGUCUAAUUUUCAAUUCUAUUUAAGUUAAAGUAAGAAUGCUUCGUCUAGUAUUUGUCCUUCUAAGCUGUUUUGUUGGAGCAUUAAUAGCUUCUCAUCCUGAUGAAAUUAAAGAUUUACCUGGAUUAGAUAUACCUAUUAAUUUUAAACAUUACUCAGGAUAUUUAAAUGCUACUAGAGGAAGAUACCUGCAUUAUUGGUUUGUUGAGAGCCAGCGAUCUCCUUCCACUGAUCCAGUCGUCUUGUGGUUGAAUGGUGGUCCUGGUUGCAGUUCCCUUGAUGGAUUUUUGAGUGAACUUGGUCCACUUCAUGUUUCAGCUGAUGGGAAAUCAUUGUACAAAAAUCCUUAUUCUUGGAAUAGGAUAGCAAAUGUGAUAUUUUUAGAAGCCCCUGCUGGAGUUGGUUUUUCUUAUGCAGAUAAUAAGAAAUAUUCUACUGAUGAUGAUUCUGUUUCAUAUGACAAUUAUGUGGCAUUGCAAAGCUUUUUUGAAAAAUUUCCUGAAUUUAAGAAAAAUGAUUUCUAUAUAACUGGUGAGAGCUAUGGGGGAAUAUAUAUUCCUACACUUUCAGUGAGAGUUUUAACAGGUCCUGCCAAUAUAAAUUUCAAAGGAUUUGCUGUUGGAAAUGGUUAUUUGGAUGUAAGGAAUCUGACAAAUUCUAUAGUAUUUUUUGCUUAUUAUCAUGGACUCAUCGGAAAUAAAUUAUGGGGUAGUUUAUCUAAAUUUUGCUGUGGAGGCCUAGGUGCAAUUGAAAUGUGCAACUUUGCUGAUAGUGCUUCUGUUGAAUGCCAGGAUGCUGUUAGUGAAGUGUCAAAUGUAGUUCAAGGAUCUGGCUUGAAUGUAUAUAACUUAUAUUCAGAUUGUGCCCAAUCCCAGGAAAGAAAUUCAAGAGAUUUGGUUGAUAAAAGAAAUAUUCUUCAUUAUUUACCUAAACCAACUAAAGGAUUUAGAUAUUCUGAUGAUCCACCUUGUAUUGAUUCUUCUAAUGUAAAGAAAUGGAUAAACCAGCCAUCUGUUCGUCAAGCACUCCAUAUACCUACUCAUGUCCAGGAUUGGGAUAUAUGCAGUCUUGAUGUUGAAAUUGGCUAUAAGCGACUCUAUGACACAAUGAGACCUCAAGUUUUGCAGCUGAUUGGAUCUGGAAAGCUCCGAGGUCUUAUUUACAAUGGUGAUGUUGAUAUGGCUUGCAAUUUCUUAGGUGAUGAGUGGUUUGCUAAUGAUCUUGGUCUGCAGGUUACUGAAGAGUAUGGACUGUGGAAAUUUAAUAAUCAAGUUGCUGGAUUUUUUAAAAGUUAUGGUCCAUUAACUUUCUUAACAGUGAAGGGUUCUGGACAUAUGGUGCCUCAAGAUAAGCCUGGUCCAGCUUUUAAAAUGAUUGAUAGUUUCUUGAGUAAUUCACCAUAUAAUUAAGCAAGUUGAAACUAUAAUAGAAAGGAAAAUCUCAUUUGCAUAAGAGGAAAAUGGUUGAUUUAGAGAUAUUAUGACUUCUUCACAAAACAGCAAAGGAACAUUGAACUUCAGGAACUUUAGUUAAUGCUUUUAUAUUAUUUGUUGCAUCUUAUGUUCAGUUUAACUUAAUUUUUCUUAUUUAUAUUCUACUUAAUUUAUAUUAAUAGUUAAUUACUCCAUUUAUAUGAAUAGUUAAUCAUUCAAUAAUUCUAACAGUAUUAAAUCACAUCCAGAUAGAAUUUAAUUAAUUGUAAUAUAUUUAAAUCUUGCAUGUUGAUAAAUUGUCGGUUUUCAAUAAAUUGAAAUGAUAAUUUUAAUUAAAAAUUGUGUUGCAGGUGCAUUUCAAUUCUUAAUCACUAAAAAUAUUAAAAAUCAUUAGAAACAAGAAUGAAUUAUUUGAUUUUCUCCCUGUGAUUUUACUAAGUUAAGUUGUGUAAUUCUUUAUUUUUUUUUUUAAUUAUUAUUGUAUCUAACUGUUAUUUGUUAUCCAUGUUACUCAUAUUUUGAAUAAAUAGUUUUGAAAAAUAUA